UCGAAUGUUAAGUAUCAGAAUGGAAUUUAAAAAUCAAAAUAUACGAAUUAAAUAUUCAUAUCUAACUUACGUUUUGCUGUACAAUUUUAUAAAUCCGUUCAAUUGCGUGCCAUCAGAUAAUUCUCAAGUUGAUAAGAACUUCAAAGUUCCGAAUCUGAAGAGGUACGAACCAUUCCGCUUAAUUAAACACGUCGCUAACAAGAGUUCUUAUUUUUCAGCCAAGUCUCGCAGGAAGAUGGAUUUUCAAUUUUCGGCUUUUAAUAGACAUUUUCACGUUAUCGCCCAUCGGGUUUCGACUACCACAAUUUCUCCAGACGCAAUAAUGCACAUUCGUCAUACUCAAAACGACACCACAAUAGUCAAAAUGGCGAAGUUGGGCAUUGAACUAUACAGUGGCUGGCUUGUGGGAAAUCCUAAAUCUUCGGUAAUUGGCUUCUUCAAUCUUGAGAUAUUUCAGGGCAUCAUUUUUACUGAAGAGGAGGUAUAUUCGGUAGAGCCUUCAUCAAAUUACUUGCAGGAUGCCACAGACUUUGAUGCCAUCGUAUACAGGAGCAGUGACGCAUCAUCGCCCGUUUGUAGUAAUGACACUUGUACAAUUUGCGCUAAUUCGAAAGCUGUGAAUAAUCUUAAAUCGAAACAUAAUCGAACAAUACACGAUGCCAUAAACUCUAACAAUAGAAGAAUAUGCAGUGUAGAAUUGAUCGGGGAUUAUUCCCUGUACAAUUAUAAUAAUCACAAUGAGCAGGUUGUGAUUAAAGAAAUGCUGCAAACAAUAAUAUUUGCAGAUGUAUUUUUUUCGAGGAUAGAUUUCAAUCGAGAUGGCGUUGCAGAUAACAUAGGCCUGAAAUUAGAGAAAUUAACACUAUUUAAGAAUGAAAACGAUGCAUCGAAUCCAUUUAGGGAUGUCAGAGAGGGGCAUUUUGACAUGUACGAUUUAUUGAAGAGAGCAGAGACAUACAGUAACAACUACUGCUUGGUGCAUUUUCUAUUGUUUAAAUCUUUUCGAGAUAGGAAGAGCGUGAUAGCAUCUUUUGGAGGACACGAAGAUGAAGGAAUUUGCAUGAAUUCUCGAGUAAUUGGCCGUUCGAAAAAUGUCGUGAUUACCACCAGAAAAUUCGGUUAUUAUGCUCGUUCGUUAACAGAAUUAACUUUCUCUUUUCUACAUGGUGUGGCCCACUUAUUUGGUGCACCCCACGAUGAUCAAGAUGCAAAAACUUACUCAAAAACUCGUAAAACGUAUCGGUAUCUAAUGAAUCCAUACAUGGAUUCUUUUGCAGAAGGUAGAACAAUUCUUUCAAACUCUAGUAUAGAUUCAAUAUCUGGCCUGAUUCAUAAGAGAGGAAAUUGGUGCUUGAAACAGGAUUCCGGUCCUAUAUGUGGAAACACAAUUACAGAAGAAGGCGAAGAAUGCGAUUGUGGUACAAAUGCCACGUGUAACGCCAUCGAUCCCAAUUGCACUCCUUCCGACGAUACUGGAGAAGACAGACCAUGCACCAUUCGCAGGAGCAAGAAUAAAUUAUGCAGCGCCAGAGAAUCCGUCUGCUGUACCGAAAACGGUUUAUAUGUUAGUAAGAAAGAAAACAAACUGUGCACCAGCAAUUAUAACGAAUGCGUUCUACCAGAAUUCUGCAAUGGACUCUCGGAGGAGUGUCCCCAUUUCGACUUGCCACUCCAUAGAUCCUUAUGUGCUGGAAAUUCGCGUUUAUGUCAUAAUGGAAUUUGCAAUGGAAGCAUAUGUUGGAGAUAUAAUUUACUGGAAUGCGAAUGCCAAGAAGAGAGAUUUGCAUGUCACGUUUGCUGUUUCCAUAACGAAAUUUGCGACGCAUUAUAUUUUCAUGCAAAAUCCUUUGAAGUACCUAUGUAUAUCAAGAAAUUGGGAGAAUAUUGCAUGCAAGAUGCAGGAUACUGCAAUCAAGACGGAAUCUGCAUCAAAUUUACGUACAAUUUAUUCGAAGCAUCCUCUCAGCACUUUUUGACAACGUACUUUAUAAUACUCGCCAUCUUAGUCGUAUUUUGUAUGCUGUUGAAGAUAUCUUUCUAUGUGACAGAAGUAACGACGAGCCGUGCCAUUAGGAACUUCUUGUCUAUGAAACUGGGAAAAACCGAAGAUCCAGAGGUUCGUUUGAACAUGUUGUUUCCUACAGUUCCUUCGUACAUCAUCCAGAUGAUGAUGAUGAAAUUAGGAAAUGAAGAUUUGGCGGUGACUUCUUUGAUAGCUAGUGGAAUUCCAAUGAGAAUCGAAUUUAACAAACCAAUAUUUAUUCCAAAUGUUAAAAAUUAUCAUUUGAUCGAUAGCGCAGGUGAUUCUCCCUGCGACAAUAUCGAAUACAAACGAUUGAAUAAAGCGCUUUCUCUUCUAUUGAUAGAAGAAAUACCUUUUUAAAAUUAAAAUGCUAUUUUGAAAUUUUUAA